AUUAGCGCGUCUUUUCGCUCCCAUUGUUCCGCGAUUUAAUAACGGCACUAGCUACCGCGUCUCGCGACGUACCGGUAGCGAUGUGGGUGCCUGCUUUGCCGCGUGAUUUCAAUGCAUGCACCGUGAGCGCGCAUGGCUUGCGCUUUCGGCCGCGCCUGUGGCUCGGUGCAGAUGCUCUGGCUCGGUUGCUGCGCUCUUUCCUCGAGAUUUCACCGCUUCUAGGCUGUGCUUUCCUGUCUCUUCUGCUCUAACCCUCUUUGUCCCCCUGCUGUGUCUUUCCUGUCUGUCGCUUCGCGGCAUCAGCGCGCAAGCCAUGUCUAGGCAACGGAGCAACUCUAGCGAGGCUAUGGUGAAGUUUCUGAAGGACCGAGUAGAGUCUAACCAGGGAAUCUCGCUUCAGAAGCUGACGGGCCACCUGUCCCAGCUGCCGUCCGACCUGCGCACCAAGUACGGCUGCUCCGUCAAGUCGCUCAAGAUCUUCCUGCAGCAGUUCCCCAAGGUGUUCGUCAUUCGCAACCAGAGUAACGUGUAUGUGCGUACCAGAAGCCGACGCGCGACGACCGAGGAGGUGACCUCGCUGGAAGGCAGCAUGGAGAGCUUCCAGACCUCCGCCUCGGACCGCGACGACGACGACGUGACGAGCCUGAGCAACGUCGUGGGCACUGUGUACCGGAUCUUCAACGUGUACGGCUUCAUCUCGGUCAAAUACCCGAUCAAGACGAGCGUCUACUUCGACGUCCAGGCCUUCGAGAACGCCGAGCACAGCAACUUGCCGUCGUCGGGGCUCCAGGUCAACGACACCGUCGUCCUGGACGCCAAGGCGGGACCCCGGGAGUGUGAGGCCAAGUUCAGGGCGAGCCGCGUUGCACGCGUCAGACAGACGUCGUCAAAUUGCUCUUCACCGGCUCCCAACAGCGUCACCGGCAGCUGCGGUGGUGGUGGCAACUUGGGGUUGCCGAUCGUCAACCAAAACGGCGUCAUAGAGACUGUCAAGGCGAACUACGGAUUCAUCAAGUUCGGCCGCAACCAGAGGGAGCGCGCCUUCUUUCAUGCCAACAACGUGGACAGGUCUCUGGGCAGGUCCAUCAAGAACCUGCCAGACGUGUUCACCGUUGACGACAAAGUACGCUUCAAUGCCAAGCCCAGCAAGAAGCCGUCCGAUAAGGUCAAGUGGGAAGCCACUACGGUGUAUCUGAGCCAGAAGUCGGGGCGGGAAGGGACCUUUGAGGAUGAUGAAAGUGGCAACGAGGUCUUCAUGUCCGACGACGAGUCGGAUAUCCACGAUAUGCUUCACGACAAAGAUACUAGCAGCUGUGACAGAGACAUAGACGAAUCUCCUGCCUUGGAUUACCCGGACUGGGACUCAUGCUCAACCAGGGCAGAUUUCAGCGACACUACAUCUACUCAAGGAAAGUUGGAUCUAGUUAACUCGCCCCUGUCGGGAUGGGAAGCCAGGCAGAAAGUUUCCAGCGAACGUGGCUUCUUUUACCCAGUAUCCGAGACCGAAGGAACCAUAAAGUUUGGCGUCAACAAGGCAAACACGGCUAGUGCGACAGUGGCCGUGACCUUCCGUGACAAGGAGCCGCUCGAAAAUCUACUCUGGGAAGUUAGUGACGGGCAAGAAGUUAGCUUUGACGCCGUCGAUGCAGGAGAUAAUGAGUGGGUUGCGACACUAGUGUGGAUAGGGCAGAGGCCUGCACUGCCACACGUGGGCGACAGCGAAGACAUUUUCAACAAGAUUGUCAACAAAGGCACAGAUGUUGACGGAGAAGACGCCAACAGUGUGCAGGAGCCUGCAGACGAUUUUGGCCAACAGCCAGACUUCGGGCGGUCUUCCUCGCUAUCCCCACCCCGUUCGGUCCAGCCGUCCGUCUCCAUAUACGAGAACGCCGAGGCUACGGUAUUGAAAAGCAUGGAGUGCAUCGCGACAUGCAAGGUCAACGAGUCUGGAGUCUUUAGGAAGAUAGACUUUACAAGUGAUUGUUUUUACAAAGAUGGAACCAUCUUCUUUGGUGACCUGAAUGAAGUGCUUCAUCAGGGGAGCAUUGUCUGUCUCGACUAUAUGGUUGGUGUUAACAGAGGAGGCAAGGAAAUCGUGCACUUUGACGUUGUCUGGCAAGGAAGGAGGCCGAGAGGCGUCCCACAGCUGAGUCCCGAAGAGUUCCGCAAGAGGCUCCGAAGGGAUGGCGACACCACUAACAGCAUCAACACUUUCGGAGACUUCGAGCCUGAAGCCGACAGUGUGGAGGAUGAGGAGGAGCCUCGCACGCCAUCUCAAGCGCCUUCCUAUGAGGCAGCCAUUGAGGACGACGAGGCAGCCGUCGAAGACGACGAGCCGUGCAGACUGAGUGCACCCAGCGGCUCCACCUCAACAUCCAUGACGGGGAUCCCUCUAGAUCCGUCCCCGGAUGACGCUAGUCCUGUUCGCUUUGAGCACAUUCCAGGAAACCAAAGAGGAGGUUGUGGUGAUAUGGCAGGGGCUUCCUUCUUCACGUCGGAUGUAAAUGAUGAGGUGCUCCAGCGACUAGCGAAGAUGGUGGCAGCGGAAAUCACCGCCGAACGAGAGAGGACUCGAAUCAUCCUCCGUGACAUUGGCGUGCAGACCGAGGACGAAGACUCGUUGCUGUUGUCUUUGGUGAGGGCAAAGGGCAAGCCCCCGACACUGGUCAGCUCUAGCACCCAGACACUGUCGACAGGAGGCAUCAAAUCGGAAGAGCUCUUCAUCAACUGAACGACCACACUGGGGUGCUUUCCUCGGGGACUUGUAUCGAAGCGGCAGCGCGGCGUUUCAGUCGUUGCCUUCCUUUUUUUUUUAAUUGUUCUUUUUUAUAAAGCCUCAGCCCUUACACCUGUUGCCAGCCAGUGGAGAAGAAUGCUCAUUAGGAAUGAAGAGACACCUUCCAAGAAGAUUCCAUUUAAUGCCAUUCCAUCGUUUACAACAGUUGAAAAAAAGACCUGCCUGCAAAGCGGCGAGGGCAAGAUCGCAACAAUGUGUGCCGGUGACCUCCCACUCCCAAAAAAUGCAUCCUCCGGGGAGGCUUCACUGUUUUUUUAAGUACUCUUGCCGUCGAAGGCAUGUCUUCCAAGCGUUUUUGCAGGACAGCCAACGAACGCAAAUCGACAGAAGGCUGCCAGUGCUUUGCCCUGUGUUAUCAACUGCGAAAGCCCACAAACUUUUUUCUUUUUACCCGUCUUUCAUGUCUAAGCUUCUUGCUGUUGGGCUUCCGUGGCAAUAAUUCAUCAAUUUUUAAUUUACAAAAUGUGGCGGCCAAGAAUACUACUUUUUGUCAUCAUAUAGAGGCAGGUGGCAGUUUUCCUUCAAGACACCCUUGACAAAGCAGUUCCUUGCAGUCAAGCCAUUCCAUCCGUCGGCUAAACAAGCGCAGAAGUUCUCUUAGCUUGUCAGGCACUGUUUGUGUUUGACUUGGACCGAAUUGUGUAGUGUGAGAGAUGCGCCAGCCGACAGUGUGAUCUGUCGUCAUGGGACUGGAGUGUUGAAAUGCUCAUGCCUCAACAGACCCUUGUGAUCGGACUACAUUGGCAGUGUAGUAGUCUUGCCAAGCAUCUUUCUUGUACAGAGUGUUUAGUAAUGUUUGUACUUGGCCGGAUAUGCAGAGUAUUGCACCUGCAAAAUAGAAUACCACCAAAUGGCAUUGCGCAAAGGUCGUUCAGCAGCCAGCGGCAUAAUAUCAACAGCCAAUCACCAUUUUCCUGCCCGGUGCUGCCGCCCUAGGAAGACUACUCGAUACAGUCAUGUCUCUAUCUGCGCGGCAUUGCGUCUUUCGCAUACAGCGGGACAGCAGACAGUCUUCACUUGCGAUGAUUUUUGUUGCCUUUCAUUACAUACCAAUACGUGCCACUCUGCAUGUUUCGCGACAACCCAGAAAUUCUAAUAAAUUUUAAUUGCAACACUAUCCAAAAUGUGCCAUCAACGUUUCUCGUGCACGUUAAACAAUUACGUGCAACCUCUUCUGUUCAGAUGCGACAGAAUAGUUUUGUAACUAUGUCUAGUAUACGCUUAUGUUGGUAAAGAGACUUUUUAGACUUACUUUGUUACAGGUAAUAACUUGUUACAUAUCUAUUCUACCUGCAUAGAGGAAAACGCUAAAUCACACUUAAUAAAUUAUUCAUUGAUAAUUCUGUCAUUAGUACUCUGAUCAUAGGAACAGAAACUUAAGGUCAAGGUAUCACUUCUUAAAUUUGAGCUUGCACCAUAACCUGAACGUCGACAUGAUGUAAUAAAUUUCGAUGUCUUUCUUUUUUCAUUUUUCGUAUUCUGGCCGCAUUCGUUAAAUAAAAUAUUCUGAAAUUUGC